GUUUAUUAAACCAAAAACGAAAAUGAUUGCAUCCUUUUUAAGAAAUACAAAAAAUAUUUGCCCAGUAAUCUCUUUUUCUGUCAGAGAAAUGUCCGUCUUCCCUAAGAGCUAUGUGGAUCCAAUUUUUUCCAAAGAAAAACAAAAAUUAGCAAAGGAAAGCGGUGAAUUUGCUCAACUACUUCAUUUCCCCACAAAACCUCCGAAAAACGAUCAAUCCCAUUCAAUUUUCUACAACGAAAUUGUCAACAAAAUGAUUAACUACAUGACGAAAGGAGGAAACAAAAAGCUAGCCAGAGAAUUAUUGGAACGCACUUUCGAACGCAUUAAACGAACGCAAAUAGAGCGCUUGAAUUUGGGGAAAGGUGAAAAUAUAAUAGUCGAUCCUUAUGCGCUCCUAUUUCAAGCCAUAGAAAAUUGCCGGCCCUUGCUAAAUGUUACAGCUAUUAAGCGAGGUGGAGUUACAUAUCAAGUCCCAGUGCCACUUACUGAAAAGCACUCUUAUUUUCUUUCAAUGAAAUGGCUUUUAGAAGCAGCCCGAGAAAAGGAGAGAAAAAUUCAUUUGCCAGAGAAAUUAGCUUGGGAGAUAUUAGAUGCCGCUCACGGUCAAGGAAGAGUCAUGAAAAGGAAAAACGAUUUACACAAGUUAUGCGAAAACAAUAGGGCAUACGCCCACUAUAGAUGGAGUUAAAUAUUAUGUAUAUUUUUGAUUGCUUCAUCAGGAUAUUUAUUAACACUUCGAUAAUUAGCUAAAUAACAUAUUUUCUCUCAUUUCACAGAUUGGCGCUUCCAAUAAAG